AGAUCAAUGAAAGUCUCAGGUGGAUUGAUUGGCAUCACGUUGAACCCUACUGCACGCACAAAGUAUUUUUUGAUUGCACCUGAGUUAGCAAGACUGGCAGAACAAGCCAAGCUGAUGGCAGGUACUUCUUCUAAGACACAGACUAGCCAUCACAACCUCACCACUGCUGUCAGGUUACGUGAAGAAAGGAACGUCCAGCAGCUGACCACUAGUAUUCAACGGUUCACCAACCCCUUCACAGUAGAAGGCCCUGAUCUGUUCAACCUAGUGACGAAAGUGCGCAUGCCCGAGAAAGUGAAGAAAGAUCUCUGCGAUCAAAGCGUCAUUGGUAACAAGCUGUUCGGAACAUUCGUUAAGGAACGGAUACAGACAGCCGAGAAGAGCAUCUGGGACGUGAUGAAGAAGCGCAAGCUCCUAACGUGGAAGACUACUGGGAAAACAGUUAGGGUGGCUACAAAGGAUAAGAUCAUCGAGCUAAAGGAAGAUCGAUGUCUCUUCGCGCGGAUGAUGGUAAUCUGCAAGUCCCGUCCAGAGAUAGACAUCAAAGAGGCAGUGGGAGCGUACGAGUUCUCGGUAGUUCCACGAUCAAUGUUUGCCGCCGAUGGCAAUAUGCUGCACUGUUCCGCAAAGAGCGCCUUGAUGAGUAUUCUAGAGAAGCUGCCAAGUGACAGAUCAGUUGCGCAGGCUGAACCCACUGACCAGUUCGCUAAUGCAGAUGUGCAGAUCAAGGUUUCCAUUGUAGAUGGUAUGGCCGAAGUACAAGCACUGGAAAAACCGGAUUGGAUCAAGACCUGCUCGGAUCUGGCCAAUCAUUUCACUGUGACGAUCUUCGACAAGUACAAGGAGGCAGAUGAAAUUCGUCUUAUUUUCGACAGUGAAAUGAUUGGCCAGAUCCGAGCAGGUCUUGAUCCAAUCCGGUUUUUCCAGUGCUUGUACUUCGGCCAUACCAUCUACAAUGGAAACCUUGAUCUGCACAUCUGCAUUAGCGAACUGGUCAGUGGGUUCAGCCUGCGCAACUGA